UCCCCAGGGUUCAGCAGAGCAGGCUCAGACAGGAGAGCAACACGAUGAGGCUGUUUGUCUUGCUAGCUAUGCUUUACAGUGGAACAAGCAGCAGCAUUGUGCUGCAGAAAAUGUAUGGGAGGAUCACGUCCCCCAACUUCCCAAAUGUCUACCCAAAUCACAAGGAGAGAAUCUGGAAUAUUACUGUCCCCAAGGGAUAUUCUGUCCGCAUCUACUUCACCCAUUUCAACCUGGAGCUGUCCUACCUGUGUGAAUACGAUUAUGUGAAGCUGAGCUCUGGUGGGAGGACCUUGGCUGCGCUGUGUGGAAAGGAUAGUACAGACACUGAGGAGGCUCCGGGCAACAAGACAUACGUCUCCGUUGACAACAACCUCAUGGUAGUGUUUCGGUCUGACUACUCCAAUGAGAAGCCAUUCACGGGCUUUGAGGCCUUUUAUGCUGCUGAAGAUAUUGAUGAGUGCAAACAGCUGUUUGAUGGUGAACCCCUCUGCAAUCAUCACUGUCACAACUACGUGGGGGGCUACUAUUGUAGCUGUCGGGUUGGCUACACACUGCAUGAAAACAAGAGGACAUGCACAGCGUGAGAUAAUUAAGCUUCUCCUCGCUUAGGCAGAGAUGGAGACAGAUGUGCUGGGAAGAGCUGGUUUGCCCUCCCUCCUGACCUGCCUGUUGCAGUCUGCCCAAGGGCUGCAGGUUUCUCUUGCUCCGUGACUUGUAUGUCUUGGUUCCUUGCCUUUCAGACCUGCCUCCUGCAGACAAUAAAGAGGCUGUUCCUUGUUGAAAGCUGAUGGCAGCCUCUGGGGCAUUCAUUUUCUUGCAUUUCCCAUGUGUCACUAUGGAAAGAAGAAGGUAGAUAAGGCAGGAGCUGUAAGAGAGAAGCCAUUGUGAAAGGCCCCUGAGCAUCACAGCUACCUGAAGACUUGAAUUUUUUUGUCUAGCUCUUUUUGCUUGACCUUCCAUAGUUCUUAAACUGAAACAAGACCAAAACCACGCAUUUGUUCCCUAAUGUUCCUUUUAGAUAUGCUCUUGUCUGCACUCAGAUUUGUAGAUUGAAACUAUUUCUAUUCAGAGCCCAUUCAUUCUUUGGAAAGGUUUGAACAUUUUUUAAUUAUUAUUCAAAUUUUGUGACUCUGGCCAUAUCUCCCAUUGGGAACCUAGCUUUAUGGCUGAAAUGUGGUGAGCAAAACCUCAGAGUUCCAGGAGUUUGGUAAAGUUAUAUGAAUGUCACCAGGGUAGCUUACGUGUCUUGCCUUCAUACAAGGGAAGAAAGGCAACAGUGCCCUCCCCACAAUAGAUUCAACAUAAGGAAUGCUGUUAUGCACAAUUGCUUGUGGUGUUGAUUGAUACUGUCUCAGCCCUCACAGUGCCUCUCGCUGCUCCACAUUAAUAUCCAUUUAUUGUCCUUUUAAACUGUACCCUCUUUGGGCAGGGACCAUCUUCCUGAAACAUGUUGGACUUGUCAGUGACUAUAGCUCCCCGACGUAUUGCACAAGAGGUUAACAAGUCAGAGCUGAGGAGCUGUAGGUGAACUGCUGAAGAUAAACCAAAGCUUUGAUCAAAAAGUGCAAGAGAUUAAGGAGCAUUAGUCAAUCAGCAUUUCCUUAUUUCUUCAAUUUAGCAGGAAUUGCUUUUAAUUGUAAUUUAUGAGGCUCAGUUUCUCCAACCCCAUCUCUACUCUUUAGUGCCUGGAGUGAACAGGGGAGGAACCCUUUUCCCAGUGAGCAUGGGAGGGACAGGGAGUCUUUUAGAUGGAACACUUAGUGCAGGUCACUGCAUUUGCAGGCUUCUGUAUUAUCCUGGGCAAGUCACUUGAUACAGCUUUGAAUCUCCAUCUGCAAAUGAGAGGUAACAUCACUGCCUUGAGUUACUGGGAAGAUGCUUAGUUAGUGUUGUAGAAGGUAGAUGCUGCAGAGAACUGAUUUGGGGGCAGAGUGGCUGUGCAAGCAUUUACCAAGGCUUCCUUGUGCUGUAUUUAAUCAUGUUCAGAAGCUGUUUCAUGGUCACAGUGAAUUGUGAUCAAAGCUGCUUGAAAUUUUGUCAUGGCUCGGUGAUAGAAUUUAUGACCCACCUUUCAUUGGAGACCUAAUGAGCCAAUGACAAUGGACUUGCAAGUUUUGAGGGGUUCAUUUUUCAGAGUUCAAGCCUCUGGCAAACAGCUCACUGUAAUUCUAAUAAAAAUAUGGCCUAAGCAUAAUUGAGCACUCUCUGGGCAGCUCUAAAGCUCGUCCUGAGAAGUCAGGGGACAGCAUUUCUGCUGGCAGAUGUUAAAAAUUUAUUUGAUCCGUUUUGUGCUGGCUAGUUUUUGACUUUCUUGCUUGCAGACUUAUGGAAAAAAAUACUGCUCUGACAAAGGGAACUCCCAGCGGCCACAUCCAGGAGAUAUUAGGAGAAAAGUAAGGUCUAGUCUAAGCUUUUCAUCUUCAAGCUGCAAAUUCUCUUGGACUAGCAGAGUAUCUUCUGUUGGGUCAGCUAGUUCUGGCUACUCAUAUGAGCACAAGUCAAGAGUUUAUUGGUGAUGACUUACAUUUUUCCAAACUAUAUUAUGAAAAUCUCACAUCAAAAUUAGAAAACGCAGUUUAAAGGAGACAGAUGUAAUGAAGCACGAACAUUAGUCUCUUUCUCCUUCUUUAGUCCUUCAAAACAAGGUGAAGGCCAGUUUUCUAAAUUAGUGGGUUAUUAAUGGGGUACUGUUCUUAUUUGUACUAUAACAGCGUAUGAGGAUCCCAGCUCUGUGCAGAGGCGUGGUGCUGUGUUUUGCUAUGGGAACACAGAGCAAUCACUGCCCUGAAGAGGCUCUCGGCCAGCACCUGGGCAGCUCAGAGCAGUUCUGGAAUAUGCAUUGCUAGAAUGGAUCCAGGCUAAGGAUCCCUCGAGCCCAAUCUCCUGCCUUUGAUACUGGCCAGCAUCUUAUGCUUCACUGGAAGAUACAGUUCAGUAAGUGAUUUUAAAAUGUACUCCCACACAGAAGCGUAAUCCUCUGCAAUAGAUUCUGUGUUGUCUGUGUGUUACUUAGCCUAAGCUGAAGUUAUGGCACUAGCAUAUUAAAGUUUGCCUUAAAUUUCAUAUGACAGCAUGUUGCACAGAUUAAUUAUAUGCUAUUUCUUAAUCCUGGUUUUGUAUCAGAUUUGUGGUUUUCAGCCUCUAAUUUCAUCGUGCGACCCUUUGCCCUUUUACUACUAGAGAAAGUAAACAGCCUUCAGAAGCUAUAGUGUUCAGUUAUAUGCAGUGUUUUUCUGUCUCUACGUGCAUAUAUAUGUCUAUGUGUGUUACCACACAGUGGUCUUUUUUCCACUAUUUCUCUCUUACAUGUUUUUAUGGUGAGCGUUAGCCUAAUAACAUUCCUUUAGACAUACUUUAAGGAAAGAUGACGUGAUCAUUAUGGUGAAUAGAAGCCAAGGUGUUGCUGCCUCCUAGCUCUGGGGUUCUUGUAAGAGAAAAUUUAACCCUACCAACUUAAGCAUCCCUUCUUUACACAGUAGAUCCCAUGCCCCAGGGAAAAAUGGUUUUCUAGGUAGUAGGAAAGGAUUCUGAUGCAGAACUAGCAAAGAUUGGAGAUUCUAACUUCCUAAUUCAGUAGGGAGUUAGGGGUAGAAAGAUAGUACUCAUUAUAUUGUGGCUUGUAUGCUUAGGGUAAGACUUCACACUGAGUCUUUUUUCACACCCAAGGAUUUCAUAUUUUCGUUCCUAUCUCUUCCUAUAAUUGCCUCCAGACUACUCCUGUAGGGCCUGUAGAGAUGGGACAGAUUACUAGCAGCAUGAGGAAAUUUCAGUUUUUAAGAGAAGCAGAUCUUUUUGCGCUUACAUGGCUGUGAGCAGUGUACUGCUAAAGCUGCAUAUCAAGUAGGUUUUGGGGUGUUUCUUAACCUGGGCUUGCAGCAGGCAGAAGGAAGGUUUAUAGUGGGACCUUAAAGCCUGGGGAGAGGCAGUGAACUCUCUGUCACUGGCAAUAUUUUAAGCAGCACCUGCAGCAGUCAAGAGAGCGUGCUUGAAAACAUGCUUCGUUCUUACAUAGCCAUCAAAUGCUUCUGGAGUUUGAGGCACAGUCAGUGGAAGUACAGAAAUGUGCAUUUAGUUGGGAAGAACGAGGUAAUAACAAUUAAGGAAAAAAAACCCACUUGCUGAUAAUCCUCUACAAGAUUUAAUUCCCAUUGUAGCUCAACUGAUUUCUGGUGAUGCAAAGCAGUGUGCUGUUAGGUGAGAACCAGAGGCAGCCAGAACCUCCAGGUGAAUUAGUCAAGCUUUCUCUGCUUCUUUGGGCCAAGAAAGGCAUUUCAAACAGGUUUUAAAAAUUAGGAGAGUGCUCAGUUUUAACAACAUAGGCAUUUCUUGGUAUUUAUUAACUGUUUUACUCUGUAUUUGUCAGCUGUGUUUGAAAACCUGGGACAGUGAAUUCAGAGUAGAGCAGACACAGAUGCUCAGUCACUGUGGUGAUAGAUAGGUUUCUGUCAUAUAAAAGCAGCUGCUCAUAACUUUCUGGCAAGAUGGACAGAGAAAGGUUGUUGCAAAUUUACAGCUAGUGCUAAAGGAAACACUUGGUACUCAAGUGCAUCGUUAUUUGUGUUGUGGUGUUGUAGUUGUGCUAAGAGCCACGCAAACAUAGAACAAAAAGAUUAUCCUUUUACCUGUUCGGCAUUCCUUCCCAAGUAAACACUUGUAUCCGAAUACCUCCUGUAGCAGCAGGUAGGGCUGUUGCAUAGGUAUAGGGUGGAAGCAAGUUUCAUUCUCUGACGUAAAAGGAGCUUAGAAUCUUGACUAAUGAAAUCCAUGGUUGGUGGAUCCCUGGUGAAGGGUCUAGAGUACAAGUCUAAUGAGGGGCGGCUAAGGCAACUGGGGUUGUCUAGCCUGGAGAAAAGGAGGCUGAGGGGAGACCUGAAAAGAGGUUGUAGUGAGGCAAUUGUCCCUCUCUUCUCCUAAGUAACAAGAGGAAAUAGCCUCAGGUUGCACCAGGGGAGGUUUAGGUUGCAUGUUAGGAAAAAUUCCUUCACUGAAAGGGCUGUCAAGCACUGGAACAGGCUGCCCGGGGAAGUGAUUGAGUCACCAUCCCUGGAGGGGUGUGGUGCUUAGGGACGUGGUUUAGUGGUGGACUUGGCAGUGCUAGGUUGACGGUUGAACUCAAUAAUCUUAAAGGUCUUUUUCAACCUAAACGAUUCUACAAUUCUGUUGUUAGUUAAGGUACAAUAAUGUUCAUUUUCUCAUUCACAACUUGGUCCCCUUCCAUUAAAAUGGCAACCUUAAACUGUAUGGUCUAUUUUGGGUGACAGUCUGUAAUUAAUGAGUGGAUAAUGGCAUUUUUGCUAGUGGAGGUUAGCAUGGUAUGUUUGAGGAUACAAUUCAAAGUCAGUUUCCCUCUUACAAUUAAUUCAGUGUCACAGUGGUGCAAGAAUAUGCCGGUGUUAUCAGCCAGUCCAGCAUUCCUCAUCAAUUAAAGGAUUGCUCAUACAGCUUUUGCAGCACAUCAUAAAGUCUUUGUUCCCAGCUGAUCAAAGCAGCACUUCACAGUGAUCAGAUGCUGUCAACAAGCAGAGAUCCUCGGGGCACUUGUGGCUGUUCCUUCUUGCUUCUCUUCAGCAGGGAGCAUUUGUGGCUCCAAUUGUGUCGGCAAGAGGCACAGCUGGUUUUGCUCAGAGAAUACAAUUACAUUCUAAAUGUCUGGCAACAAAGGCAUUAGAAAGAGCUGCAUUCAGAGGCUUCUGGAAUUGAGGAGCUGAUAGCUAUCCUACCACUCUACGCUUGCCGCACGCCGGUGCACAGACAAGCUGCAAAUUUAACACCUCGGAAUGUUUCUGAUGAGCAUCCGGCUAUCACACUUAUUUCUGACCUCCAAGUCUGUGACUAAGUGGUGCUUUCCCGGUGUCCUUCCCUGCACCGCUUCUGAGGUUGGAGUGCUGGGUAAUGCUUAUGCCCCGGUCCUACCACAACAAAGAGAGGGCAGUUUUCUCAACAGUGACAAAUGCCUGCGGGCGAAAUGUGUGAGACUACCUUCAUUUCAUAGGUAGUUAGAUAACUGGCUCUGAAACUUUCUAGAAGGGACAGACUAGUGUAGAAGAAGAUCCAUUACCUUUACCUGGUACAGCUGAACUGACUAUUAUUGUCAUUUUGCAUUUUGUUGUUUGGGUUGUUUUUUUUUUUCCUAGCCCACUGUCAGACUCAGGUUUUUACUGAAAGAAUUGGAGAAAUCACCAGCCCUGACUAUUUAACACCUUAUCCCCUGCUGAGGUCCUGCAGCCACAGUAUCGAGGUAGAAGAUGACUUCCUGAUCACGCUGGAAUUCACAGACACCUUUAAUGUGGAGACACACCCAGGAGUGUUGUGGCCCUGUGAUGUCCUUAAGGUAAGGUUUGCCAUGUCCCAGUCCUGAAGCACCACCCCAUGGUCAUAUCACACCAGUGCAAGCGCAGUACAUUCUGGGUGACCACAUUGCUGUCUAGUGACAUCAGAUAUGUGCUACUUGAAGUAGGUGAACCACGGCACUGUCAGCCCUAUCGGGCUUAAUUUCUCGGGGAUUAAACAUGUAGGUGCCUCUUCUCAUUAACAAUCUCUUGCUCACAUACUGUCAUUAUGAUGUGUUUUCAGCACACUGAACUUGUUAGCAAUUGUCCUUUCUUUGAUAUCCUCCCGAAAGAAUUACAUUUCUGUGUAUGCCUGUGUGUAUGUAUGCUCACACUGAUGUUCUUUGAACACUGCUGCUUAGAGAUCUACUGGUAAUUAUGUUGGAAGAAAAGAAUGAUUUUAUGAAAGAUUUCACAAGAUCAGUGUAGCAAGAAUUUUUAGUGUUUUUUCAUUUGUUAUUACACCUCUCUGGGGAAGUUAAAACUGGAAUACUUGGUCAUUCCUGCUGAAUACCACAUUUCGGACUCACUGCUUAGUAACAUCCUGCUUCCCAGCAGGCAGUUUCGGAAGAUACUUUAGUCCGUGUAUGCUUACAGGGUAAUUCUCCCUCACGUUCACGGCCAUCCUAUGGCCUAGAUACAUAUAAUGAUGGUGUAAGAAUUAUUUGCCUUUCCCCAUUCUGAAAGUAGUGCAGCAAAGCAGUACGUUUAGUAAAGACAUUUUAAGCAAAUAAAAAUCUAGUUAUUGUUUUUCCCUUAUGAAUGAACAAAUAAAUAUGUAACUGAUGUGAGUUUUCUGUAAUCAACCCAGUUUGAUGUGGAAUUAACUUGACCUUUUAUUUCUAUUCAUGCUUCUUGGAGAAUUAAACUGUUGUGAAGCAGAAUGUCCAAAGGGUGCUUCCUGGAACAAACCAAUGGCAAAGU